GUUUGUACGGAGCGUCACAUCAGCACCAAGCGGGAAGGAGCGGGCUGCGGCUGUUGCUGCUGUGUGAGCGGUGUGUUUUUCUUCUAUUAUUUAGCUAGCAAGCAGCCAGCGGGCUAGCUGAACAAGGAGCGACUGAGGACCGAACAUGCCGCGGGAAAUCAUAACGCUUCAGCUGGGACAAUGUGGAAACCAGAUCGGGUUUGAGUUUUGGAAGCAGCUGUGUGCCGAGCAUGGCAUCAGUCCAGAGGGGAUAGUUGAGGAGUUUGCAACCGAAGGAACCGACAGGAAGGAUGUGUUCUUCUACCAGGCUGAUGAUGAGCACUACAUCCCCCGUGCAGUCCUCCUGGACCUGGAGCCGAGGGUGAUCCACUCCAUCCUCAACUCACCUUAUGCAAACCUGUACAACCCAGAGAAUAUCUACCUCUCUGAGCAUGGAGGAGGUGCCGGGAACAACUGGGCCAGUGGAUAUUCACAGGGAAAAAAAAUCCAAGAAGACAUCUUUGACAUCAUUGACCGGGAGGCAGAUGGCAGUGACAGUUUGGAGGGAUUUGUCCUGUGUCAUUCCAUUGCCGGGGGGACGGGCUCAGGGCUGGGAUCCUAUCUGCUGGAGAAACUCAAUGACAGGUACCCAAAGAAGCUGGUGCAGACGUACUCUGUUUUCCCAAACCAGGAUGAGAUGAGUGAUGUGGUCGUUCAGCCGUACAACUCACUGCUGACGCUGAAGAGGCUCACCCAGAACGCAGACUGCGUGGUGGUGUUGGAUAACACGGCUCUAAAUCGCAUCGCCACAGACAGACUGCAUAUCCAGAACCCGUCGUUCUCCCAGAUCAAUCAGCUGGUUUCCACCAUUAUGUCUGCAAGCACAACCACUCUGCGCUACCCGGGCUACAUGAACAACGACCUUAUUGGCCUGAUUGCCUCCCUCAUCCCGACACCUCGCCUCCACUUCCUUAUGACUGGGUACACACCACUCACUACUGACCAGUCGGUUGCAAGUGUUAGGAAAACCACAGUGCUGGAUGUGAUGAGGAGGCUUCUGCAACCCAAGAAUGUCAUGGUGUCCACGGGAAGAGAGAGGCAGCCGAGCCACUGCUACAUCGCCAUCCUCAACAUCAUCCAGGGAGAGGUGGACCCCACACAGGUGCACAAAAGUCUCCAAAGGAUUCGAGAACGUAAACUUGCCAGCUUCAUUCCGUGGGGUCCUGCCAGCAUCCAGGUGGCACUGUCCAGGAAGUCCCCAUACCUGCCCUCGGCCCACAGAGUCAGCGGUCUGAUGAUGGCCAACCACACAAGUAUCUCCUCUCUGUUUGAGCGGACGUGCCGGCAGUAUGACAAACUGCGUAAGCGUGAGGCCUUCCUGGAGCAGUUCCGCAAAGAGGACAUAUUCAAGGACAACUUUGACGAGCUGGACAAUUCCCGCGAAGUUGUCCAGCAGCUGGUAGAUGAGUACAGCGCAGCCACGCGGCCUGACUAUAUUUCUUGGGGCACACAAGAACAGUGAAUGUACUUAUCAGGUCUUGUAUCUCAGCUACAACUGAGUCAACAUACAUUCUUAGAUAGUUUAUUCUAACUCAGUUUAUGUCCCUUAUACACAUAGUUGUCCCAAAAAUAAACAGGUAUUUGGCUUUAGCUGCUUCUCUGGACAAAUUAUUUAUUGGCUUUUUCCAGCAUGUAAUAGUAUGGUGUGUAUGUGAUUCAAAUUUCAGCCUCCUGACUGAGGGAUGAGUGUUAACACCCACUGUCAUUAUAUCAAACAAAAAGUAAAAUGGUAGACUCUCAAACUCAUUUUAUAGACUUGUGAAGUGAAAGCACACUUCUUCCCUGCAAGUCUGUGCAGAAAGCAUCGAUAUGUGUCUUCUACAAAACAAUCUAUAAAUGUUUGUCAAUUGCUUUUUUUUUUCCCUUUUUCCUAAACUCAGCUUUGCCCCCUUGUAGCCUAUUUCUUUUUUUUCCCAGCACUGUAAGACAACUGUUGCCUUGUUUCGGUCUGUUUUUUACAGAGUACAGUAACCCUAGUACAGCUGAUUCACAGUAAAACAUCCACAGCCUACAAAAUGACUGCCUUGAAUAAUGGGAGUAGGAUUGGCAGAAUGCGUUGCAUGAUGGUAAAUGUAGGUUGUUAUAUUUCCAGACAUUUCUGACAUGGUGCUUCGUACCAUCUGUCUGCUGCUGAUACACAUGGCUCACUUGUCACUGCUGUACACGACCAACUGCCAUAUUAACUGCACUGACAUUUUAACAGCAUUUGUCACCUACAGUAAACAGUUUGCACAGAUGAAGACGGUGUACAAGGAUGGAUCUUGUUUUAAUACUUCAUCUCUAUGCCUGUAAAUAUACUUUAAAGAAUAGCUGGUUCACUGGCAUCCUCUGUAUCGUCUCAGUGGAUACUGUUCCAUGUUGCUUUGCUUGUUGGACCUGUUUAAAAUGAUGAAUAAAAACAU